AUGAUGGUAGAGUCAAUGCCAGCUCGACAGCUCAAGCAUGAGUUGGAAAAACUGAAAAUCGAUUACAGUGACUGCGUCGAGAAGGCAGACCUGGUGAGGAAGCUCAAGAAAGGCUUGUUGGCGAAGCGCGAAGAGCAGGUCCUCAAUUCCAAGGCAGCCGCAAACUUCGCGUUCGGUCGAAGGUCGUAUGCCGUGGCGAUCAGGCAUUACAACGACGCGCUUGCUGCCUGCCAGGUCGAAGAUGACGACGUCGAAAGUAAUAUCAUCAGGAGCGCGGAGCCCCAAAUCCUGUGCAACAAAUCGAUCUCGUUCCUCCGCAUGAACCAAGCGAUUCUUGCACUCGAGAGCGCUCAGAAGAGCAUCUCGAAGUUCCCCGAGUUUGUCAAGGGUUACCUACGAGCUGCAGCUGCGCAAUCUGCCCUUGGGAAACAAUCGGCUGCUCUCCUGCUCCUAGACACAGGGAUCUCGAUCCUUCAACGAGAUCACAACCUCGAGGAGGAGAUCUCCUUUGAUCAGCCCGAUAGCGACCCGAACGCGAAGAAGGCGUAUGAGGACAUGAUGGCUCUGCGAAGGGGUGUGCUGGAGCUGAUCGGGAAGCAGGGGGAUGCAGAGACUAGCCUGGAGGGCCCCCGGUUCCUGAACGAGGAGAUCCAGAACCCGGCGGUCACGAACAGCAUCUUGCUGCAGCUGAGUGAAGAUAUCCUGACAGAUGUCUUGGGGAACUAUCUCGAGGCAUGGGAUUUGAAUCUUCUCUCAUGCGCCUCAAGGAGG